UUACAGCUUGAGGAAGAUUUAGUGCCUCAAACAAGUUGCACGCUUCCUCACUUAGAGUACGCUGCAUGGGACGAAAGUAAAUCAAAAGAAGAGCCGGCGGACGAUGCACCGGAUCCCAACCGAGAACGAACCUUUGGGAACUACUUUGCUCUGUCUCGUGUGGGGAGAUUUUGAUGGGAAAAGGAGGAUAUGCUGACACCGAGACAAGCCAUGCUACUCUACACCUUUGUGUUGGACACAGGAGGAAGGCAGGUUCAUGCUGGGUGAACGGGACAGGAGAGCCGGAACCAAAUGUAUGGUUCAGAGAUGAACAACAGGCCUUCAGCAAUGGCCCCGCCAUCUCUUGGCCAGAGCGCCAGCCCACCACUGUCCUCUCGGUCCCCUAAGAAGACCACCUUUCAGUCUUUUGGAUCUGUAUCAUCAGGGAUGUUCUCCCCGUCGCCGGCCAAACGCUCCCCUCAUGAAGCUAAGUGCGCCUCAAGCCCCGUGAACUCCCCCACCCAUUCCAUCAUGAGCUCACCUAAACUUUGGCAGAAAGCAUCCGUCUCCAGACUCGCCGAGGAGUUUUUCUGGAUCGGUGGCAGUGUGGUCGCACAACCCAAAUGGAGGCUGGGUCAGAUAGUGGAGAGGUGCAUGUGCACCAUGCAGAUUGGCACUCAGAUGACCAAACUGAAGGGGAAGAAGAAACGUCUGGUCCGUUUUUUCUACCUGGAUGAGCACAAGUCCUGCAUCCGGUGGCGGCCUUCCAAAAAGCAGGACAAGGCCAAAAUAUCCAUUGAUUCCAUCCAUGAGGUCUGUGAGGGGAAGAAAUCAGAGAUCUUCAGGCGUUAUGCAGAAAACCGUUUCGACCCAAACUGUUGUUUCAGUAUUUACUACGGAGAUCGAGUUAAGUCCCUGGACCUGGUGUCCAACAAUGCAGAGGAGGUGCGCACCUGGAUCAAUGGGCUGAAGUACCUCAUGGCAGGGAUCAGUGAUGAAGACAGUCUGGCCCGCAGACAGCGCACCCGGGACCAAUGGUUGCAGCAGACUUUCUCUGAAGCAGACAAAAAUGGAGAUGGUACCUUGAGCAUCGGGGAGGUUCACCAGCUGCUCCACAAGCUUAAUGUGAAUUUACCCAAGCAGAAAGUCAGGGACAUGUUUCAAGAAGCAGACACUGAUGAAAUCCAGGGCUCUCUGGGCUUCGAUGAAUUUUGCUCUUUUUACAAGAUGAUUUCCACGCGCAGAGAUCUCUACCUGAUCAUGAUCUCCUUCAGCAAUCAAAAAGAAGUACUGGAUCUACACGACCUUGCACGUUUUCUGGAAAAUGAACAGAAGAUGCGUGGUCUGACCAGAGAGCAUCUAGCCGACAUUGUAGCCAAGUUUGAGCCUUGUCCAGAGAACCUACAGCAUAUGGUGUUGGGCAUUGACGGUUUCACCAACUACAUGCGAAGUCCUGCAGGUGACAUCUUUAACCCUGAGCACAAUCAGGUGAACCAGGACAUGACGCAGCCUCUCACUAAUUACUUUAUUGCCACGUCACACAACACCUACCUGACCGGAGACCAGCUGCUCUCUCAGUCGAGGGUGGAAAUGUACGCUUAUGUUCUGCAGGCAGGCUGUCGCUGUGUGGAGGUGGACUGUUGGGAUGGACCUGAUGGGGAACCCAUUAUCCAUCACGGCUACACACUGACGUCCAAAAUUCUCUUCAAAGACGUUGUUGAAACAAUUAACAAAUAUGCCUUUACCAAGUCACCGUACCCCGUCAUCUUGUCCAUAGAGAACCACUGCACGGUGCCCCAGCAGAAAAAGAUGGCUGAGUAUCUGAAGGAGGUGCUGCAGGAUAAACUGGAUCUGACUAAUGUCAGUGUGCAUGAAUGCAAGAAGCUGCCUUCACCUGAGAUCCUGAAAGGGAAAAUUUUAGUCAAGGGGAAAAAACUUCCAGCAAACCUUGAUCCUGACGCAGAGGAAGGAGAUGUAUCUGAUGAAGACUCCGGGAAUGAGGAAGAGGAUGAUGAUGAUAGUGACAACGACUUACAGGAUGGGAACGGCGCAGAAUCAACUAAUCAGCCAAAAAAGAAGAGAAGGUUCGGCAGAUCCAUCAUAAGGAGCUUUAAAAGAAAGAGAAAAAAGAAGAUACGCGUGAAGAACAAGGCUUUGUCUGACGCCGAAUCGGACAGCAGCCGGGAGAGAGCUCAGAUCGUUUACCAUCCCAAAAAAAGGAAAACCAUGAGACUCUCCAGAGCUCUGUCUGACCUGGUCAAGUACACAAAAUCUGUCCGAGUGCAUGAUAUAGAAUCACAAGGAUUUUUGAGCAGCUGGCAGGUGUCAUCCCUCAAUGAGACUGUGGUGAACCAGAUCUUACAGCUAAAACCCGGCGAGCUGGUCCGUUUCAACCAACGGCAGCUACUGAGAGUCUAUCCAUCAAACUUCAGAGUGGACUCGAGCAACUUCAACCCGCAGCCAUAUUGGAACACAGGAUGCCAUAUGGUUGCAAUGAAUUACCAGACAGAGGGCCGCAUGCUUGAACUGAACAGAGCCAAGUUCUCAAGCAACGGAAACUGUGGAUAUAUUCUAAAGCCUAAAUGCAUGUGUAAAGCUGCCUUUAACCCAAUGAUAGAGGAUCCCGUGCCAGGACACAAAAAAACUCAGCUGGUGCUAAAGAUCAUCAGUGGACAGCAACUUCCCAAACCCAAAGACUCAAUGUUUGGAGACAGAGGAGAAAUAAUCGAUCCCUUCGUUGAAGUUGAGAUCAUUGGUCUGCCUGUCGACUGCUCCAAGCAGCAAACCAGAGUGGUCGAUGACAAUGGCUUCAAUCCAAUGUGGGAGGAGACCCUCGUUUUCAGCAUCCAAAUGCCUCAAAUUGCCCUCGUGAGGUUCCAAGUCUGGGAUCAUGAUCCUAUCGGACGAGAUUUCAUCGGCCAGAGGACGGUGGCUUUCACCAGCAUGAUGCCGGGUUAUCGGCAUGUCUACCUGGAGGGAAUGGCAGAGUCAUCCAUUUUUGUUCAUGUUGGUAUUAAUGACAUGACAGGAAAGAUCAAACCUGCGUAUGCUAUGCAUGCGGCUAGGAAGCACAUCCAGAAAGCAGCCCAGAAGCACAUGAGAGGCCACCAAAGGCAUCCGUCUGUCGACGUCUCCGUCCUGUCCUCCGAAGAUGGACGUGCUGUUUUAUUCCACAGGGAUCUGGACACCAUAUCUCAGGACAGCAGGAACGGGGAAAUGUCUCCAGUCUUAAAGGGCCCAGCAGCCAAGGCUGCCGUCCACAAAGGGGUCAUGAGCGAGCCUGUGAGGCGAGCCCACCGAGUUAAAAUCCAUGAACCUCCAGAAACACGCAGGGGCUUCUUCAGCCGGAUGUCCUCCACUGAAUCCCACAACAGCGGCGGGGCGGCUCCGUGCGUGAAGGAGGAAAGCUUUGACCUGGACACCCCUCCUCAGGUUUCCUGUGAGACUCCUGCUCCUGGUGGCCAGCCUCAACCGGUUCAGAAUGACUCGGAGCAAAACUGCACUGAGCAACACUCAGUGAAGAGAUUCGAACCGGAGCACUCCGAGUUACCGGAGGAGCAGGAGCCAGAAGAAGACAUUGAGGUUUUCGUCGAACCUGAAAAGCCUCCGGAACCUCAGCCUGACCCCGUCCCCAAGUCGCAACCUCUGCCGCAGCUCGAAGCCAGACUCUCUAAACUCGUCCCUCCAUCAUCCCCCGCCAGGGUCAGACGCACCUUAGAGGCUUCUCCUUCACCCAAUCUGCCGUCUACCCUGAUGAGAACCAAGGCCCGCUCACAAAGCUGCCCCCGAAAACAGGCCUCUUCCCCUCAGACGCCAGCCGUGGCCCGCAGACCGGCUCUCCACUGGCAACUGCAGCAGGAGCAGACGCAUGACAGCCAGGUGAGACGCAUUCCCAACGGCCUCUGGCUGUCGGCCAGCUCAUCCAGCAACAGCGACGGCAGCACCGACAGCCUGCCGUUUAUGCCCAGAUGUCCGCCAGCCGGGUCAGAACAGCGAGAGGGCACCCUGCAGAGGGAGAUGAAGGCCCUGUUCGACCAGAGGAUGAAAGAGAUUCGCUGUAAAUCACCUCUCUUUUUUGACGAUCACGACUCUGAAUGACGAAACCAAGGACAUCAAAGUCUUCAAGAAAGAAAAUCGUGUAAGACAACACAACUGAAGGCAUGAAGAAAAGAAGGAGGCUGAGCCGAUAAUAUCGAACUUGGAGCAGAAAUACAAACUUUAUUUAUAUUUAGAUCAACUGGGAUGUUUACGUUCCUUACCUUUUUAUUAUGAGACAUUGUAAAAAAAAAAAAAAAAGUAAAAUACUGGAAACACAUGACGCUUCUGCCAACUGUACAGAAAUGCUUGCAAACUGUUAAAUUAAUAGUCAACCUUCAUAUGUGAGUCAUGUUUUCAGAUUUGAUAUGUUAACUUGGAUUAAAAACGUUAUUUUUCAUAAAAACCAACAGUGAUUUUUAUUUCUGAUCUUAGAACACAGGCGUAACAAGCAAUACGAGUUUUGUGAGUUAACAAUGUUUGCUUUGAGUAAAGGUUAAA